GUCAUGUGACUUCAAGAGGCGGAUGCGCCAUGGGUCGCUUGUGCAGGCCGUUCUGUCAGCCCCUUGCCGAGUAUUCGUGAGAAAUCUGCCGCCAAAAAGGAUUACAAGAGCCGGCGUAUGCGACAGCGCACAAUCUCGGUGGAAGAGUCCAGCGGUGGGAGGAAAGACCGUGUUGAGAAGAGUGGUGCGCCCCCAUGUGCCUCUGGUGGCGUGGCCGGGGUGCUGGAGCGCGUGCAAAGUUGGCCGGCAUGCGUGGACGCCCCCCUCGGGCAGCCCUCCACGGCACCGGCCGAUAAGCCAUGAGUAGUGGCAACCUGACGGAAGCGGAGAUUUUGGAGCGGGCUGCGGAGGAGCGAGCGGCUAUAGUUGCACGCUACGACCGCGGCCGAGACAAGGACAAUGUUGCCCAGAUCGACCCCUGGGAGGAUCCAAAGUUCGAGCUGUACCAUGUCACUGACAAGUACGGCUUCAUACACAAUGAGCGGCUGCCUGAGAAGUACACGGUCCACGAGGCAAAGGUUCGCGACCAAGAGAAUGUGCGCCUCAACAAGUGGCGCAAAAUGCUCGAGAGCUGGGACAAGUACUACCCGAACGAGAAGGAGCGCACCAAGAGCACCAAGUACACCACUAAGUUGCGGCGGCGUGUCUUUAAGGGAAUACCCAAUGCAGUCCGAGCUGAGGUGUGGCUGCGGCUACUUGACGUGGCUCGCAUCAAGGCCGAGCAAGAGGGCAAGUACUUGGAGAUGCGGGAGCGUGCACGCUUGUGGUCUCCAGACAUUCGGCAGAUUGACUUGGACGUCAACAGGACGUACCGGAAUCACAUUAUGUUCCGGGAGCGCUAUAGCGUCAAGCAACAAGCCCUGUUCCAUGUCCUAGCAGCAUACUCUGUGUACAACACGGAGGUGGGCUACUGCCAAGGGAUGAGCCAGAUUGCUGCUCUCCUGCUCAUGUACAUGAAUGAAGAGGAUGCCUUCUGGGCUAUAUCCGUGCUCAUGACCGAUGAGAGGCAUGCCAUGCAUGGCUUCUUCAUCCAGGGAUUCCCGAAGCUGCGGCGCUUCCAGGAGCACCACGACAAGGUGCUGGGCCGUCUGCUGCCCAAGCUGAAGCGUCACCUGGACCGCUACGAGAUGCACACCUCGCUGUACACGCUCAAGUGGUUCUUCCAGUGCUUUCUCGACCGAGUGCCCUUCACGCUCACACUGCGCCUCUGGGAUGCCUACAUCCUGGACGGCGAGCCCGUGCUGACCGCCAUGUCAUACACGCUGCUGCGCCUGCACCGCAAGACCUUGCUCCGCAUGGGCAUGGAGGAGAUGAUCGACUUCCUGCAGGCCCGCCUGGAACAGGACUUCGGUUUCCACGACGACGCAGCCAUGGAGGCCCUGCAGGACGCCAUGGAGGAGCUGCGGCGGCACGGGCUGGCUGUGCCCCCGGGCAGGCCACCCCCGUCGGAGCUGCCCCAGCGGCCAUUUGGGCUCGAGCUGCCCCCUUCCGCUUACUUGCCGCACCGGGGGGCUGCCUCACCUCGCAUCCGCAACUCUAACAGUCGCACGCUGACCAAUGGGAGUCGUGCAUCGACGCCAUCGGGGCGAGCCACGCCAGCUGCUGUGGAGAACGACGAUGUGGUGUCGGAGGGAUGUCCCGCAACUCCGAUCGGGGGCACCAGCAGCCUUCUGCGCAAGGGGACAUCCCCUCUGGGCCGACGGGGCGGCGACACGAGCGAGGACGGUGCGAGCUCGGUGGUGGACCCGCUGAGCUCUCGCAACUCGCUGGCCGAGACAUCGCAGACGUCGGCUGCCGACCUCUCCAGCUUCUCGAGCCCAUCGGCGACACUGCGGAGAACGCCGUCGCUCUACGACAACGUUGACUACCAGGAGAGUCUGGAGGCAGCGGCUGCUGCUGCGGCACACACUCCGGUCGCAUCUCUGCCUGCAGCCGGAGUCGCCUCGGCCAGGGGCGCCGCCCUGAGCCAGCAGCGAGCCGGCCAGGAGUCGCCGGAGGCCAGCGGGGAGGCGGUACGCAUCUACGUGCCCUACCACGGGGCGGGCACCGCCACCGCAGACAAGGACUUGUCCGGCGUAGCAGCGGCAGCAGUGGCCAACGGCGACGUGACACCAACCAACCAGGACCCAAACAAGAUCACCAUCCACGUUGACCUGCAGCACUACGGCGCGGGGGCGAUGACGGCUGCACCCGUGGCGGGACCGGCAGCCGCGAUGACGAGCGUGCGCUGCGACGGCGGAGACAGCGGCACCCUGCGGCACACGGGCAACUCAACCUUUCACCACGUUGCCACCACCGACCUCUAGCGGGAGGCGGCGCGGCCCCGUCCCUCGGGUGCACGCCAACGUGCUGCUGGGACCACGGUUACAUUGAAAUGGGCCAAAGAACCGCAGCAACGUGGCACCUCGUCAGAGCAUGGCCAUUCAGCUGUAUGCUGCUCUGCAGGGCUGCUGAUCAACUGAGCUGGCACGUCUGCCACGCCUUGGCCACAGGUGUCGGUGGCCUCGGCUACUGCCACCGACUUCUCAACUUCUCACCCCCAACCCCUCGCUGCUUUUGUUGCGAAAACCAAUGAGUGCUCCUCUGGCACACUAGAUGACUACUAAGAGAAAAAUUCUACUGUCACGAGUGCACCAUGUGGGUGUAAGCCAGAAGUGGCAACCCUGUGUUGUCAGUCAGGAUAUGCUAUCAGGUGAACACCAGUGUUCCCAGUUGCAGACGACAUGCUCGUUGCUGAAAGCAUGUGCACAUGGUUCGUGUUACGUACCAAAUGCUGCAGAUACGAGGAGCACCGGGUACGCUCAACCUUUAUGUAGGCUAAAAAUCUGGGUCCAUUUGCCUCAGAUUUGGCGCAGAGGUGGUGUUUUCGUGGUGCAUGCCAUUUAGUGCACUUCGGUUCAUUACUUGAGUGUUCCACCUGAGAAAAAUCAAAACUAUGCGCCAUCUGCUGUGGCAGCAUACAAGAAACUGUAAGCAUGAAUGAACCAUCACUACAAUGCCGUGAAAUGAACUUCUUUGUUUGGCAUUUCCAAAAGUGAAUCGUACUUCUGAAAGCAAGUAUUUAUUCCCUACGUAAGUAGUAAUACACUCAAAGAUGGUCUUUAACUUUGUGUACAAGGAAAUGCCAUAUCUGAAUAAUUGAAGUGCAAAUGAGCCGGCUGUUGAGCUGAAAAAGUAGCAUAAACUGUGUGUCCCUGGUUACUCAUUGUUCGGUCUAACCUUGCAAACAGCAACCCUGGUUCAGCAGGGAAGCAUUCUUUGAGCCACGGACAUGGGCAACUUGCCAGCAACUCCACGCAGCCUAACAGGCACGUGGCAACCUCACUGAUACUUUUGUCACUAGGUUGCUGAUUAGUUGGCCAGUGGCCUCUUUAAAUGUCUGGCAAACUCGCGUGCGAGUUCUUUGUGACAAAGUUGCUCAUUACUUGCUGGCUUAGGUAUGGCUUGCAGAUCUGACCCCUCGCAUCGAAGUCUUUUAUUGCUUGGGUUGGUUUUCAAGCAUGCACAGGUUACCUUACGGGUUGCACUGAAGUCACUCAGGCCAUUCUGAAGCUGGCCAUUCUUAGUCAUCUCUAUACUUUUUGUGUGUUUUGCAUUGUGGAGUGGGUUUCUUACUUCUAGAAAUGUAAAAUUUGUGUUGAAGUGGGAAGCAGAGAUGACGUACUCUUAAGAGUCGUGCAGAUUUUGCACAUUGUUUGCAAGCACGGAUUUCUUUGCAUGGCCCGCAGCCUGAAUUCGUUCGUUUGUUUAGUUUUAAAGAAUUACUAGUGCUAAAAAUGAACAUUACCAUCCCUGCCUCAUUAUGGACUCAGUUGUUUCUUGCUGCGCGGGGUAUCGUCAUCCUGACAUUGAUCACACGGGGCUUACAGAACACACUAUAUGUAAGGAACCCUUGCAAUACAUUGUCGUUGCAACAUGCAGUGCAUGUUUUUGUGCAUGUAUUAAAUGCUGUAAGUGCACUCUUUUUUGUUUUUGUUUUGUGAUGGUUUACGAAUGGCAGCAGUACUUUGAGCCUUGCAUCUUGGCACAGAGUUGGCUGACAGGCAACACUGCCUGUUUUGGUGUGACUGCUUGGACGUUAAGCCCUCUGAGCUUGAAAUUUAGGCACAUGACUUUGUAAGGGUCCUUGGUUUUACCUUGUCCUAAUUUCACUGAUCCUAGGCAGAUUAUGUAGUGCCAAAUUAGUUUUUCUCUGGGAAGUGCGUGUGUGUGUGUGUGUGCCUUUGUUUUCUUUUUUUUUUUUCUUUAUUACACUAACUUAUCUCGAUGACUGUUAUCUUGUAUAGGAAUUGUUGCAUGCGACAGCUGAAGGGCUUUUGUUGUUGUGUGAUCCAUAAUGUAGGGGUUGUGAAUGGUAUAAAGGACAUUUCCCGAGUGGCGUCGUAGCCCGAACGCUAUACAGGCCAAGUUUUUGCUGCAAACAGCGACAGCGUGCCAUUGUUCUGUGCUGCCUUAUACACCUAUCUUAAAUGUAGGAACCAACUAGCAUAAACUUGCGUUGCUAUGUGCCUGAGUUUAAUAGCUCCCAAACCUUAUUUUCUCUUGGGGACAUUGCCAGUGUUCCACACCUGUGGUGCAGAUAUCGCUGUCGUGAAUGUCCGCACUUUUUUCGCUCAAAAACUCCAAAUGAAGACAGGAAUAAAAAAUAGAUUCAGUGCCCAUGCAGUGUGAAUCUGUCUUAAACUUCCUUCUGUCAUAAGGCCAGAGCUGUGAGCCUUGGUUCAGCAAGAGUUGGGUCGGUAUGGAAACCACUGCAGGAAUUGGACAAGGACAGAAGCUGAGGCACAAAAAUGUGUACAAAUGUGUACUGUUCAUUAAAGAUUUAUUUUUUGGCGAAGCAGUUUGUAUGCCGAAACGAAAUGUCGAACACAGUUAAUAAUAUAUUUCUUUCUUUUUUUAAACGUUAUAGCACACUCUGGUACAAGUGGUACAAGUUGCUCAUCUGUUGCCUUGUCCGAGAAAAAGAUAGCUAUGCAUAAUUUUUUUCGUACUGCCCAUGCACAAUUCAGAGAAGAAAGAGAGCAUCAAAUCGACUCAACGUUUGUUAAAAAAAUAGGUCCGUCUUGUUCGGUACUCGGCUUCUGUUGUCCGAUUCCCUGAGACUUCGGGGUCCACCUCACCUCCAGUCAGUGCAUUCCUUUUCACUCUCUUGUGAGGCAUGGCUGACAGUGCCUGCCCGCAGUCAUUUUGACAAACACGAGCAGUGCGUCAUCUGUUGUACUAAAUCUAAAACAUACAGGAGGUUGUUUGCAUUUCUUUGAACCUCGGCGAAGCGCAGAAGUGUCACCCAUGGAAGUCCCGGUUUUUCCACAAAACCAGUUCGAGAGUCCUUGGUUUGUAUGCGGCAAGGGAAAGCUGGAGCCAGAAUUACCUCUGGUAUCCCAUCUUUUGCAUGAACAGUUUUCAAAGCCCUAAUACUAGCGUCGACACGCAGUGUUUAACACACAAUGCUACAGUGACCAGGGUUUGUAGCACUUAUUGAGACCCUCGGGCAUCAAAGUUCCAUUGCUUUAUUUGGUUUUCUUUUUUGCUAAGCUUAAAAGCUAGACAUCUGGCCAUUGUGCAGUCCGAAAAUCAAGCCAAUCCUAUCUUGUUGAAACAUUUUGUUGAGCCUUUCUCAAUUCUUUCUUUUGCAUGCAGUUAAGAAAAUAUUUAUGCUCAGUUGUUUAAAACAAUGUUCUGCUUUCAAGCUCCUCCGAAACCCUUUUAAAUUUUCUCCAAAAAAUACCAAUACAAACCUAGUAUUGUCCCUGAAUGCACAGUUGUGAUCUUCAAUGUGCAUUCUUUUGUGAGAGUAUCGUUGUACACCACUGAUAAUAAUCAGAGUUUCAGAGAUCCAAAGCACAGUGGACAUUGUUUUUUGUCCUUGACUAGCUUUCUUGUUUUUCAUUGCAAGAAUAUAUCGUGCUGCUGUUCACGUUUCACGUUAUGGCAAUGCAAUUGGGACAUUUUGCUGGGCCAACUUUUCUAACCAUAAUACCGAAUACUCCUGCUGCCGAGAAAGGUAGUUUGUGCACUUGCCUGAUCUGAUGCAUUUUGCCUAGUGAGAUGAAAUAAAAGGACCGAAUGGACGGGACAGCAUUGGUACAGCGAAAAAAAUACACUGCAAAGGACAUACAUGGCAGUGCUGACCUGCGACUAACAUUCGUUUAGACUGCCCCAGCUGUAUGUGUACCCUGCCGCAUUGAGCAACCAAAUAGAAUUGUGUGCAGCGCAUACACAUGCCUGAGCGUACCUGUCGUAAAAGCCACAUCCUUAAUUGUAUCAUUUGCAUGGUCAGCAAGAUGGCCAACUCGCCAAGACUGAGGUCCCAUUAAACGAAAGCGAGCACUUUUCUUCAAGUGGUGCUUUCACAUUGACACCAUUGUGUUGUACUUCAAUCGAUCUUUUCCAUUCUAUGUUUGUGAUAGAUAGAAUGUGGCAGUAAAGUCUUUGUUCCUCUUCACAUUGCAUAGCAUUGCAUAACACUGCUUUUAUGAAGUCAUAUUUUAACUCUGAGUUCUCAGCAUUCCAGAAGGUUGUCGUCUGGUACUUGGGCCACAUCUUGGACCCACACCGAAAUUGGCAGUGUUCCCUAAGUGACUAAUCACUUUGGUGGAAUGGCGAGGGCACAACAGCACAUCAUUUUAUUUAUAAGUUGGGACAAGAGUGUGCGCAAAACAGUGAAUUUGGACAUACUGUGUUUUCGUACAUAUAAGCCGCCCCUGCAUACAACCCAUUGGUUAAAACAAAGUAUGUGUGUAACUUGUUCAGAUAGCCGUGGACAAUGAUGUUCGACUCGAUGACUUACAGUACACCAUAAUGAGGGAAAGAGAUCAUAAGGGUAGCCUGUUGGGAAAUUUUGUACACGGUUUUUUAGCACAGAAUUUCUUGAAAAUGCAGAGUUAAUAGAACGACAUAGGUAAAGUUGAAGGUAGGGCACUGGGCUUAAGACAAAUACACAUCAGCCAUUUAUAACCAUUACUCAAGCAUGGACUGGUGGUUCAUUUGUGUAGUGGUACAGUGUGGUACACUUCUGCCAUCUUGGAUGUUUACUGUAUAGACUCGUGCAAGGGCCCCCACCCAUAACUUUGUGGCCUAAAAUUUGGUUUAAAAAAAUCCAUCUGAGAAGCAAUCCCGUUUGGUGCCCCGAUGCCACUCAUGCACAUCAUUGAAUUUUCAUGCACUGUGCACUUCCGCGAAACCCCCACUAGAUGGCGAGAGCUGUGCGUUGACCUCUGAUGCAAUGGCACAUUUGGGGAUCUGGAGUGUGCCGGCACUCGGCAGCAUUUUGACCCAAACGUUCAGUCCCGUGUAAGGGCCGCACCUUGUCAAAAUUGUGGUAGAAAAAGUGCGGCCCUUGCACGAAUCUGUACAGUAUCUAAAUGGCGAGUGUAAAAAAAAGAUUAUCGUAGGAAGAACGUAACCAGAAAAAACGUGCCUCGCAAGGUAAUCAGAUGGCAGUGUACUUAUGUUGUUCAGUGCUUUUCAGAGAUAUGCUUUCAAAUAAUUACUGAUGCUGUGAAGAAUGAAGGUGAGAGCACCAGUGUGCGGGGAAUCUGGCCAAUAUGAACUAGUCGCUUCCUUAAUCUUUUUUACUUUUUUUUGCAUGCCAUAUGUAAACAAUCAUUCUGCUGUAUAUAUUUGUGGGUUAAUUAUAAAUCUGGUGUAAAGGAAACUUAUUUUCCUGUACUUCACUAAUUAGUUUAAGCACUUGCCAGAAGUAUGUGCACAGCCACAAGUAUUCACCUUUAGAAUGCAUCCAUGCUGCCUUGGUCAUCUAAAGCUGCUAGCUGGGUGCAGUGACUAGUGAACGUAUAUAAUUGACAACUAGUGAGUUUUCACCUGCUUCUGCCUGCGAGUCCACACGACUUUCUCCAUGACUGCCAGAGCUUCCAUGUCUUUCCGCGGCUGGAGGAAAGCUCUGGCAUUGUGCAGCCUUGCCUGUGAACAGAAUGGCCGAGACAUAUCCAAACGAGCAACGCUGUCACUGGACAGAAGUGGGAGAGCGCAUUGUGUUGCUUUGUGUGCACUCAAUACUGAGCGCAUGGGUUGGCCUCGACGCGUAAAUAGUGCAGUCUUGUAAAUGGUCUGCUGGAACUUAGCCCAUCAUUUAUUGCUGCAUACUGCACAUUGCUUGUCCAAUUGCUGCAUGUGUUCUGUGGCUCCUGGUGCAUCCAUCCAUGCCUGGCCCUAGCCAGAACCCUGCACGUGCCGACGCACAUUUGCACGAAUACCAACUUUAUAUUUUGUUCUUGUAGCUUCCAUCCUAAAGCUGAUACUAUCGUAUUGGGUGCCACACAGCAAACAUAAGAACCACUUUUUUCUUUUUCUGCUGCUGUGCAAUUAAUCACCACAUGUCUAACCCAUGAAAGAAAAGCAUAACAUUUUUAGCCUGCGGGUGAGGAGGAGAAAAUGAUUGACCAAACUAGAAAUUUACAGGUGUUUGUUCUGCAAUGUCUAGGUGUCUAUCUUUUGAGCCUGUAACUGUGGUUGCAAUAUACAUCAUCAGGUCACAUUAUAGUCACCGACAGUGCAUCUCUUUAAAUUUUGUUGAGCACUUUAUAAAGUUAGCUUCAGCAUUAUAACUUUCAGUGCAGUUUCACUCUGAUGAAGUGCUCUCUGUGCCUAGGCUGUUGGUGGUAGAGAGAGUUGAGAUAAUUUUGAUCUGGCAUGUUGGGGCAUGCCAACCCAUGCGAACGACUUGCUUUAUUUAAAGCAUCUCUGCUAGGUGCAAGAAAGUGAAAAAAAUAAAAGCCUUCAGUUUAGCACUUCAUAAUGUUCUGAAGUGUGGCACCAAGGAGCACAACAGUUCAUGCCUCACAAGCUGUUUCUAGAGAAGCCACUGUUCUGAAAUUGCAGGGUUCUUUCCUGCAGUUCUUAAGGUAUUCAAUGAUAAUGUGGUGUGUGCGACUUCUGAUGUGCAAGCUGCUGACGGCGUUCAACUGAUCAUAAUUGCUCAGAUUGUGCUGUUGAAUCUUUCCUCUCAAGAAGGUUGUGGCAAAAAUGACUGCUCUUGCUUCAGGGCUCUCCAAGUCCAGUGCUUUGCACUCGAGGUGAAAUGCUGCCAGCUCGGAGGGUGCUACACUUUUUGAGAAGCCAAUGUUGUUCUGCUAUUCUAUUUAAGCGCGAUGAUGGACGUGCAACGAUGCGCUGACAAAUUUUAAUCAGUUCUCUACAUAAUCCUUGGAUACAUUAGUUCUGAAAGGUGGAUUAGUACUAUUUUGCAAUAGUAGCACAAUUUUAAAAUUCCAUUGUGACUAACAGUGGCACUUGCUUUCAUUUGCUGCCAGUUAAAGGUGCAGCUAUAAGUAACCAUUCGCGAUUUCUUCAAAUGCAAGACUAAUUUGGCCAUUUGAACCAUUAUUUUGCUGUUCUAUGAGAAUACGCCACUUCUGUCACCUUCUUAAAGCUUCCCUUAGCCCAAGAGUGGGCUAACCACUAUAAAGUUACCACUGGAAACCAAGUUUGUAGGGGUAGCUCGUAAAAACAGCUUGUCUCUCUUAAACGUUUAAGUUUAACAGUUCAAUUCUUGUUAUUCUGCGGCAGUUUUUGUCCUGUUUGGAUUGCAGAUAUUCAAGAUGCCCACAUUCUAUUUUGUGUAGUAUUGAUAAUGGGUAAAACCUUUGCAGCAUUGCUUUGCUGGCAAGUGUGAAAUUGUAAUUUCGAUUGAAAGAAGCGAUUUUUCUACCAAACGUGUGUAUAGGAGUACCAGGAAGUACCUGUCUCUACUGGUUGAAUCGCUGGUUUGCCGAUACUCGUAAUUUUGCGCAGAUGUGCUAUUUCGUAGUGCAUGCAGUUUAAUAUCACCAUCAGUUGCUGUACUUGUCUGUUUCCUUCAGACAGAAUCGUGAGUCUGUGUCUGCAGUGAUGCAACAGAAUGGGUGUUGAUUUCACUUCAAUGGAAAGGUAGCGUCAUCUGUCAUUGUUAGCACAGCCUCCCGUGUCUGGCCAUUACAGUGAGAGCUGGCGCCUCUGUUUCAUUCUGCUUUAUUCUUUUCUUUUGUCUCCCAUACUUCUGACUCAGUCCAGACAAAACAGGCAAGUACUGGUACUAAACUGCAUUCACCAUGAAGUGCUGCUUUUGUGCAAAAUUUGAGAUCAAAUGUGUUAUGUUAGCAGGAGCAGUGACAUACACCUGACCUUCCUAUUCAUGAAGCAUCCGGUACACUAAGCAGGUUCAUUCUUAGGCGAGACCUUUGUUCUGGCGGCAUUACACUUGAACCAAUGUAUGUUCUAGUCCAAAUGCACAGAGCAAUAAGAGCGAUUCCCUAGCUAGAAUUACCAGGCAAUACGCAGGAACUGCUGCUUUUGGUGGACACGACGUGCAAAUAAUCUGACAGGAAAAAAAAGUAUAGCCUCCAGAGCAGCCAUUUUUGCCUUUUUAAUCCCUUCUCUGUGCAGCUUGUCUCUGCCAAUCACUCAUCCUGCCUCAAGUUCCAAGUUUGUUGAGCCUGAUAAUUCUCCAUCGUGCACCAGCUGAUGAAGCCCUGCCACAGUCUGCUUCCUUCGCAGCUCUUGCAUUUGCUAUUCUCCACUUCUAGUAAUUCCACCAUACAUAUCCAUGCUUCUUCUACUAGCAGUGUGUGUGUGCGAGGACUGUACAGCGUGAAAACCUCUGGAGAGCCAGGGUUUUCAGGAAGGCUGAGUAUAGAUGUUGCACUAUGCAUUCUUGCAGUAUGAUUGCAUAGUUCUCAGAUUUAAAGAAAUGCACGUUGGAUGUGAUGAUUGUUGCAGGUAUGCUGUCUGUUCGACUGUGCUUUAUAAAUUUCAUUGUUUAAUAAAAACAAGGUGUUGACACUGGAAGAGGCAGACGUGAGGCAAUCUCAGUGUGUAGUAUGCCAUUUCAUCUGGCACAUGUUGCAGGCGGGAUUGCCAGGGGGAAAUACAGCACAUGUAAGUGAAGCAUACAUGUUCGCUCACUUUGUGUGCUUCUGGUUCAUGUAGCUGUUGUGCAAUCUGCACACUUCGCAAUAGCUUCAACCAGUGUGCUUCGUUAGGCAUCGAAUUCUGCUUUGGCGUCUGUGCUGCUCAGACACAGCUGUGCCAGCCCUAAGCAAGCGUUACAAUGCUAACCACACUUGCAGGGUUCUUGUAUUCAGCCCCUUUCUUGUUGCAACAGGCGAAAAAAAAAAGAUAAUGCCAGACUUGCUACAGCCUCGAUCCCUCUACUGCACGUAAGCAGUUGGAACAGGCCCCUGCUUCUUCCACUUUUCUCGCUGCACUUUGCGUUCACUUAGGGGGUUUGUAAAGUGCUCCCACUCUGUACUGUACAGACUCUGCCAGAGCUUUCAUGCAAGCCUAUUUGUCUUCAGCCAGCCCCCAAUUUCGGUACCUUGGGUGCUUAAAUUAUUCAAAUGAGGGUAGCCGUACAUUCUAGAAAAUAUGCAGAUCAGAUCUUCAGAUGUUCAACUCUCUGAAUUGCAAACGAUCUAUCUCUUCCUGUUUGCCCGUGAGAGCUACUCAAAGUUAGCUAAAUGUGUGUGUCUGUGUCAUUACAUUGCAUGCAUUACUUACAAACUUGUUUUUUUCACAACUUGACUGCAUAUUGCAGGAAGUUAUUAACUAUGGUGAAACUGCUACUACUAUUACUUCAUAUGGAAGGAAAGUGACCUAGUUCACAGUGCGUUUUGUUGUAGAGUGUCGGCGGGACUUAAGUCUGCCGGAGCAUGUCUGGCAAUACUAGUGAAAGGCGCCUUUUAGUAACAAGGAGUCAAUAAUGCAAGACUCAGUAAAGCAGUGGACUGGGCUGUCGGUGUAAUGUGGUAACUGCAUUUAGUAAAACAUUUGUUUGUGGGUGCUCCUUGUUUUGUUGUGUUUUUGAAACCUUACCAAGCACAUUUAUUUCGUUAUAGAUACAUUACUCUUGAUCUGUACUAAAACAGCAGUGUUGACUGCAUACAAACAUAUUAAAGCAUUAAAUAAUCCUCCACAGGUUGGGUAAACAAAAUCUAAGUUCUUCAAGGCUGUAUGUGUGCUUAAUAUAAAAGGCUGUCAUUAAUUUCAGUGGCUUGUGCCGUAUUUUAACAAUAAGGCUAACCUCUAGUGUUCAAUAAAGCAUGAAUUCUUUUAAGUUUUUGAACUACUGUCAGAAAUUGUAAAACACGAACGUUUUUACAACGCACACAGUGUAGCUCCUUGCUAAAGCAGCUAGGCGUGCCAAGAUUUCCUGCUUUCGUAGUCGUUGGCUUAAUACUCUUGUGAUUGACUGUGAAAGUGAAGUGUCGGGACGCUUGUAUAGAUCGACUAAAAUAUUACCUAGCCAGGACUGCAGUUAUUUGCUGUGGCCUUGCAAGCACAGUGACUCGGGCGAGUUCUUAUCGCACGAUUUGAUAUAACUUUCUUGAGCUUUUGUGUUUCACUUGCACCUUGAUGACAACAUCAUGCAGAGCAAGUGUGGUUAGCAUUUUACUGGCAAAUGUCCUAAGCGGUUGUAACUUGUACAAGGACAAUCUACUUGGUGAGCUGUCUGUGUCUGUACAGUCUAGUGCAAUUUUCAGGUAUUCAUUGUCAUUGCGGCUGCAUAUUUUUUUUUACAUUGGUUUUCGUCUUUCAUGGUAGCACGACGAGCGCACAGAGCACUCUAUCGCUCAAAACACUCAAAUGCUGCUGAAUCCAGUCUGUGCCAGGAAUGCUCUCUUACCGCCACAAUAUGUGAUGAACAAGUGAAAUACAAGUGAGAAACUGAAAUAUAACCCGUCUUACAAGUAUACUAAUAACUCUAAAAGGUGAGUUUGCAUUGUUACGUGCAUAACCGCCAAGAAUGAUGCACUCCUCGAGCUAGGUGUACAAACUGCAGUCGCACCGAAAUCGCGCGGAGCGAUGAAAGGGUAAAUAAGAACACGUUUCAGUUGGCCUGCUUCAUUAGUUCACGUGGACUCUGCGGAGACCUUAAGACGAUUUUUGAGCAAAUUUCUGUGUUCAACUCGUAACAUUGUCGUUGCUUGUUUUAAAGUAUUGGGAGCAAGAAAAUGUGUUGGUUGGGAAACUUUGUGCUUGGACAAAAGUCCCUCAUCCCAUUGGCUGCACUGGCACACGUUGCAGUUCUUCCACUGGCUUCAACAGCAUCUUGUAGAGUACAUCUGUUUGUUUGUUCUUUAUUUAACUUCGGUGUACAUAUAUACAUAUAUAUAUAUAUUCUAGAUAUACAUAUGUGUAAUAGCACUUGAGCAUCCUUUUAGACUUGCUCGACGACUGUGGCCAUGCAAUACUUGUCUCUUGAGCCUGCCCCUACACUUACCACAAACGAGUGACGACCUCUGCUCUUUAGGAGCAGGCAGCACGAAAGGUGGCGCAGGUGUAUUGUGAUGACUGGACGGGGACGCUGUGCUUUCAUUAGUCGCAGACAUGCCACUGCACUUGUCUUUUGGACAUCGAGUCCCAGCCUUUCCUUGAGGAGAAAUCACUGCUUGCGGUUGUUGCUGCAAGAAUUGUGGCUAAAUGCGCCACCCUCAGCAGGGCGACGAAACUCACCUAAAUCACUGUGACGUCGCAUCACCAACAGUGACAAGUGGUGGAACCUGUGGCUAGUGAUAACCACCGAGGGGCUUCGUUGGUUCUGCGGACACUGGCAUAUAAAGUGUACUACAACAAGCUGCCAACAGGAGCAGACGUGCUCUACUCUUGCUUCAGAUAUGGCCUUUUGGACAGAACAAUUUUUCUUUCAUGUUACCUGUUGCUUGACUGAGUGAAUUGCAGAAAACUUACCGCAUUGUUUUGAUUUGAUGUUCCAUUUUAUUUGCUUCAAUGUCUUGUGCAUCGCAAGUCAUUACUUGUGUAAACCAAUCAAUGUACUGUGCACAUACUGCCGUGCCAGAGUGAAACGCAAGCUACAAGGUGCACUUGCUAUGUUUGCCAGUGGACAUAAGUCCCUCAUCCCAUUGUAUGGUGGUAUUUUCUGUUACUUUUGGAGGCUUGAGCACACUAGUAGCUAGUGAUGCCACAUCAAGUAAUUCAGUGUAAUAGAUGUAUACUACUUCGCUUCUUCCAUUAGAUAUAAUGCUACAUUGUGUGAAUUAUACUGGAACAUCUGGCCCCAAGAAAUGUGUGCAGUUGUGCGCAUGCAUUGGCCACUCCAGGGCAGCAUGGCUUGCAAAUGCUUUGUUGAUGCCAUUGCCACGCUACUUUCUGCAAGGGCAGCAGGAUUCUUUCGUGCUCCUGUGUAAUCUUGUGUCCAUUGGUCACAACAAUAAGCAGAGCCAUCGACUUGCCACAAAUUGUCGCGCAGCAGUCUGUUACGUAUACAACUCGAGCAAUACCUCGUAGGAAGUCUCGCACGAUUCCGUGCAGACUGCAGCAAAGUGAUUGGUGUUGAUAUACUUGUCGGUGGCACAAAAAGCACAGGACAGAUUAAAGGUACGUGCACUCAGAUGCGCAUUGUUAACGGGAAGUCUAUUCGGUUAAAUAAAUUGCUGGCAGCACUUGUCCUCUCUGUGUGUUGUUCUCGUUGAGGUCAUUGUUUUUGUGCACAGGCUAACCCAGCAGCAUGGUCUUAACGAAAACUGAUAUAAAGGUACGGUCACAUAAUUGCCUGUAAGCAUAGUCCAGAAUCAUGUGACCAUAGCUACAUAAAAACAAAAUGGGGUUUGAGGGCUGUGCACCAAUUUGUUUGUUCCUUUUGUCUGUCCCAUGUUUUCUGCACCGUUCACAAGUGUGCAGCAGUGCCUGGCAGAAGCUAGUGUGCCCAGUGUUGUGCUGUCUAGUCGGACAUCAUCUCUUGUCUGCAUCUGUGAACUUGCAGCCUGUGCAGCCAGAGUCUCAGCAGCACGUGCAACUGGACAAGGUUGCCAGGCUGCGUUGCGUCUCCAGAACAAUGCUUUCACAUGCGUCUCGUACAUCUUUGCCCGGCCAGCCUAGCUCUUUGUUCAGUCCUUGCUGCUAACUCGUGCCUGUGACCUUCGUGUAUCGAAAUCGGUGUAAUGAAACAACCCUGUGUAUAGCAUCUCUACCUAGAUUUGUACAUACUGUGGACUGAUCAAUGCCAACUUAGCUGCAUAGCAUUCGUAAUCGGUUGGGGCCUGUUUUGUGCUAGCUUAUUAAGUGUGUCUUGUGCAUUCCGACGACACUGGUACGGGGCUAGACAAUUGCAAAGUAAUGGUACCAGUGCUUUCAACCCUACUGCCAUUUGUGAUGGACCGCUGGGUGUCAGAUGGACUUUUGCCUAUACCAACUCCAAACGUGCACCUAGGUUCAUAUUCUGUUUUGUGUUGUUGUUGUUGUUCUUUUUUUUUCUCCUUUUUGAGCUUGCAAUUCAGUGGUGCUCUUUUACAAAAAACAUGGAAACGUAGUUGCCUUGUUUGCAGUAAAGUGACUAAUGUGAAACAUAGUAUGUACUGAGGAAGCAAACCCACAUCUUUUUAUUUUUUUGUGCAUGGGCACCUGCCUUAGUUUUUCAUUUCAUUUUUGCUUUGCAGUACAACAGUAACUUACAGAAUUUCAGCACAUUUUCCAAACUGAAGCCUGCAUUUUGUCACAGAAGCAGGACAAAGCUAGCUGCGAGGAACAUACACACACGUAACUGUUGCUUGCAAAAUCAUAUUCAGCAUGGAAUAUGUAGCUUGCAAUUGCACACAAUUGCAGCCUUGUCUCUGCAAAGGAAAGGAACACGUGCAGUGUAGUGUCUGUUUUGUGGGCAUGAAAAAAUUAUUCCCAGCUCACUGAAUUAAUCUUCUUGCUAAGAGAACUGCUAAACCUACCACAAGGUACCAGUUACCAUGAAAUCUGAGACAGACAAGCUGUGUUGGCAUCCUUCUGUACUUCUGUGGCCACUUUAGAGUAACCUGUGAUUCAUAUUGAAGGGGAAGACUUUCACCCAGCCGUAUGUAGCACGAACCUCCAAAGGAAACUUGUACAGGUUUCUCAAAAAGCUUCACAGUUGAGGAAAAAUUUAUCCUGGUCUGGGAUUGGAACCCAGCACCAACGCUUUUCCAGUGCGGUGGCUCUACCUCUCGGCUAACAAGGAAGCUAGCAGAUCGCAGCGUGAGAAUGAAUUAAUCUACAACUCUGAGUGCAGGGACACAAUAUGGCAAGUCAGUUUUGCGGAACUCCGAAAUGUGGAAGAAGUGUCGUGAAGGAAAAACUGUCAUCCACUCAAAUGUAGCACAAAGCUAAAGAGGAACAGGUCCUCCAACUUGCAAGAUUCCGCAGAACUGACUUGCCAUACUGAAAACAUAAAAAAUUAUUCAGAGAAGUCUGGACAUCGUGUUGGGUUGCCAUUCAAAAUGAAGGCUGAUGGGAUUGGUCGAUGUAUGGUUUUCUAUAUGUGCAUACUCCCAAGCUGUGUUUGACAUGAACAUGCUCAGCAGGGAACGUUUACGACCUAGACUAGGGCUGACCACAUACACAUUGGUGUUAAGCAGGGUCUCAAUGGGAAAAGGCCAACAAGGCUUGCAUCGAGUCCUCAAUAACAUAAACAUAAUACAUUUUCAUGAAGGGGAUCGACCAUACAUCAAGAAAUGAGACGGAAAAUAAACUCUGAAAUUUGCGAACAGAAAGAACUGCUAUAGAAGUGCAACAAAUUCUAGUAAUAAAAUAUUAAUAUGUGACAAAGCAUUAUAACAGAGGCUGGAGAACUAGAAAAGCAACACACCAGAUGCUUUACUGAACUUGAGUGCAGCACAGCACAAAAUGGUAAUAAAUUUAAAAUGGGUAAUUUGCAAAUAUUCAGAGAAUUGAAAAAAUUUUUCGUGCUAUGGCGUGAAAUGGCUGUUUGUCUUGAGCAUUUCCUGCCAAGCACUUCAUUCAUUGGUUUGCACUGAGGUUGCUACAGGUGAAGCUGAGCUUCGGAGCUUGCAUCUAUUGACAACCUCUUGUCAUUUUGUACGACUUAUUUUCACUGUAAAUAUUUUGCUUUUUGAGAAGCCUCUGAAAGCGGUGGGGUAACGGAUUAUAGAGCAAAAAAGGGAUCUGCAUACUGAAGCAGGCUCCACAUUUCUUUGGUGUAAAAAAAAGCACACAAGUUUAUAAACAAAACAUUAUGCCUGGUGGUCCAGUAGGAUGACACCUGUCAACAUUGAGGGAAGAGGUUUUUAUUUUGCCUGGGAAAUUUGUCAGUUAACUUUGUGUUGGGAGGGCUUUAAUCACAAUGGAAUCAUUUGUGUGUUUGUACAGUAGACAACAUGUGAAACGUGACUUCUCUAUACAUAUAUGUAUAUGUAGAGCCUUUUGGUACUAAAUAAAUUAAUUUUUAUAAUGAU